CCCACUGUGGGAUUGGUAUACUCCAGCCAAUUAGGAGGACAGCCAUUCACUCCCCAGCUAGCCUCUCAAGCUUUUCCUCCUCGUGCUCUGCACACACACACUCUCUCUCACACACACACUCACACACACACGCGCAGGAGAACGUGCAUACGCAUGUGUGUGCUGUAAGUGUGUUACCUGCUGCACCUAACUCGUGCAUUCUGAUAUUUAUAUAUUUUUUUUGCAGUCGCGUACAGAGGGAGCAUUCUCUCGUUUUUUUUUCCUCCCUCUGGUUUUGUAUUGCUCCUCUUCUUUCAGCUCUCACUUUUCACGGACCCAGCAGAAGAGAGAGGGAGAGAGGGGGAGAGAGGGAAGCAGGAAAGGGGGAGAAAGAGUGAAACAGCAGGAGGAAAGAGAGAGUUUUUUUGUUGUUUUUUUUCCACCUCGCUCUUUCCUGCAACUCUCCUGCACGCGCUCGUGUUCUAGGAAACCUAAGCACUCCGUUCUUGCGUUACUCGUGUGCGAAAGCUUGAGUGUGUGUGUGUGCCUGCGUGCGUGUGUGCGUGUGUGCCUGCGUGCGUGUGUGUGUGUGCGGCUCAGAGGGGUUUUCCCUGUAAGGGGGGGAUGUGUCAGUAACAGACACACACACACAUACAGCAGCACCAUGCCUCGGCUCAGGCUGACCGGAGUCUCUCUGCCUCUGCGGCUGCCUCUUCUUCUCCUCCGCUGCUGCGUUUGGGGGUCUCUUCUUCUCCUCCUCCUCUCCCUGCCUCCAGCCUCCAGCCAGGGCGCCGCUCGCGGAGGAGGCAGCAGUGCUGCAGCAGCGCGAGGAGCGUCGGGCCGGACGGCCGAGCGGAUCAAGGUCCUCUUCACGCCGACCAUCUGCAAGGUGCGCUGCGUCGGGGGACGCUGCACCAACUUCUGUGAGCGCGGCAACGUCACCACCCUCUACAACAGCCAGCAACCCGCGCCCGGACUUGGAUUCAGAGUCUUCCUGUGUCCCAUGCUGUGUCAGAAUGGGGGGGUCUGCAUCCAGAAGGACCGCUGUCUUUGCCCCUCCACCUUCACCGGAAAGUUCUGCCAGAUCCCUGUCCCGGCCUCCACCAAUGACAUCGAGAAGCCGGCCCCCGCUGGGUCUCCCGCGUCCACCAACCCCCAGCAGCUCACGCAGUCCGAGUACAUUCUGCCCCUCCAGAGCCAACAGGCUGGACAGACCAACGGAGCCGGGAUGGUGAAGGUGCGCGUACAGCACCCUCCGGAGGCCAGCGUGAAGAUCCACCAGGUGCUGAAGGUGGGCUACGGGCCCGUCGCCCCGUCCCAGGAGCGUGCGGAUACCGUCACCUGGUCGUCAGGCACCUCGGGAGCCCGCAGCGGCCUGUUGCCAGGGGAACGGGCCCAGGCUCCUCCCCCUCAGGUGCGGGCGCAGACCAUCCGCGGUGACGCCACCUACACCGAGGCAUCAGGCUUCAAGUACUGCUUUAGGGAGGUCCGCAACGGACAGUGUAGUUCACCUCUGCCAGGCCUGAGGAGCCAGGAGACCUGUUGCCGUGGCAUCGGCAAGGCGUGGGGAAUCAGCGAGUGCACCAUGUGUCCACCCAACUCAGGUAAUGGUGUGAACAGAGAUGGCGGCUGUCCAUUGGGAUUUGAGAGGAUCAACAAUGGCUCUCAGUGUGUUGAUGUGAACGAGUGUUCACAGCCAGGCUUCUGUGACAACGGAAACUGUGUGAACACGCGCGGGAGCUACAGUUGCCUCUGCAAGCCCGGAUACUUACUGGACGCUUCCCAUGGGCUCUGCGUCUCCCAUAAUGUGAUCUCGGAGCAGAAGGACCAGUGCUACCGCGUGCUGGCGUCCGGCGCCUGCACUCUGCCCAUCCUGAAGAACAUCACCAAGCAGAUCUGCUGCUGCAGCCGCGUGGGCAAGGCCUGGGGCAAGCGCUGCGAGGCCUGCCCGUACUUCGGCUCAGCGGCAUUCAAGGAGAUCUGUCCAGCCGGGCCCGGCUACUACUACUCGGCCACCAACCUCAAGUUCAACCAGCGUCUGCUGGACCUCCACGGCACUGGAGGCCCACCCGUGGUCUCCCAGACUUCCAGCUCCGCCACUAGCGGCUCAUCAUCAUCCUCUUCCUCAUCUUCAUCAUCAUCUACGGGGGCCCAGACUCCCCUCACGAGGCCCCCGCACCAGCCGAGUGGCUCUGGCUCCCAGCCUGCCCAGUCGAGGCCCCACGGCGGCAGCGACAGUCUCCCCAGCGGCCACUCCAGACCCCAGCAGCCAGCCAGCGGGGGUGCCAGUGGAGCAGGAGCGGGUCAGGGCUCACGGCCUUAUCAGCCGACUGGCGCCGGAUCCGCUGGUGCCGGUGCCGGUGCUGGGUCCAGGCCUCAGCUCAUCCCCAGUACUGGGUCCAUUACUCCGCAAAGCAGACCUCCACAACCAGGGGGCACUGGGUCACUUACUCCCCAGACUAGGCCACAGCAGCCUGGGGGUACGGGUUCUCUCACUCCCCAGACUAGGCCACAGCAGCCUGGGGGUACGGGUUCUCUCACUCCCCAGACUAGGCCACAGCAGCCUGGGGGUACGGGUUCUCUCACUCCCCAGACUAGGCCACAGCAGCCUGGGGGUACGGGUUCUCUCACUCCUCAGACUAGGCCUCAACAGCCUGGGAGUACGGGUUCUCUCGUCCCUGACACCAGGCCUCAGACUCCCACACACACUCACUCUGGAGGACCAGUCACUGUCCUGCCGACUGGGGAUCGCUCCUCGGUGACUCGGUCCCAGACCAGCCGGACGCCGGUGGCCAGGCCAGAUAUAUCAGGGGUCAGACCGCUGCCUGUUCCAGUCACUUCCCGACCAGCAGUACCAAGGCCAGAUUCUAGAGUGUGUGAUUCCAGGCCGGGCAUUUGUGGAGCUGGACGCUGCAUUGACCAGCCCGGUGGACGGCAUACGUGUGUGUGUGACCCGGGCUACCAGUACAAUCCCGCCAGGCUGCAGUGCCAAGAUCUGAAUGAGUGUGUGUUGACUCCUCGGCCUUGUGGCGCUGGGCAGUGUGAGAACACCGCGGGCAGCUUCCGCUGCGUGUGCCCAGCUGGGUACCGCGCCAACCCCCAGGAGAACCUGUGCCAGGAGGUGGACGAGUGCCGACAGGUGCCCAACCCGUGCGUUAACGGCCGCUGUGAGAACACACCUGGAAGCUACAGGUGUUCAUGUUUCCUUGGAUACUCCCUCUACGGAGACACCUGUAAAGACAUUGAUGAGUGUGUCGACCCGCUGCUCUGUCCCGGCCAGGAGUGUGUGAACUCCCUGGGCUCAUUCAGAUGUGUGUCCUGCCAGCCCGGCUUCGGUCUGCUCAAUGGACAGUGCACAGAUAUUGAUGAGUGUCGUCAGACACCCAGCCCCUGUUCUAAUGGCCACUGUGAGAACACACCAGGUAGCUUCAGGUGUGCUUGCCGCACAGGGUACAGGCUACAGGGCAACACCUGCACAGAUGUGAAUGAGUGUGAUAGCCCUGUGCAGUGCCCUGGACAGGAGUGUGUAAACACACCAGGCUCCUUCAGGUGCAUGUCUUGCAGACCGGGAUUCAAGAUACAGGGAGGACAGUGCACAGAUAUUGAUGAGUGUGGUCAGAGCCCCAACCCCUGUUCUAAUGGCCGCUGUGAGAACAUACCUGGGAGCUACAGGUGUGUGUGCCGCAAUGGCUACAGGCUACAGGGCAACACCUGCACAGAUGUGAACGAGUGUGAGAGCCCACUGCUGUGCCGUGGACAGGAGUGUAUAAACACUCCGGGGUCGUACCGCUGUGUGUCCUGCAGGACUGGCUACGAGAUGCUCAAUGGACAAUGCACAGAUGUGAACGAGUGUAACAGGACUCCGACUCCAUGCGCUAACGGUGUGUGUGAGAACACACCUGGCAGCUACAGGUGUGUGUCCUGCAGGACUGGCUAUGAGCUGGUCAACGGACAGUGCUCAGAUCUGAACGAGUGUAACAGGACUCCGACUCCUUGUGCUAACGGUAUGUGUGAGAACACACCUGGCAGCUACAGGUGUGUGUCCUGCAGGACUGGCUACGAGGUGGUCAACGGACAGUGCUCAGAUGUGAACGAGUGUAACAGGACUCCGACUCCUUGUGCUAACGGUGUGUGUGAGAACACACCUGGCAGCUACAGGUGUGUGUCCUGCAGGACUGGCUACGAGUUGGUCAAUGGACAGUGCUCAGAUGUGAACGAGUGUAACAGGACUCCGUCUCCGUGCGCUAACGGUGUGUGUGAGAACACACCUGGGAGCUACAGGUGUGCGUCCUGCCGGCCGGGCUAUGAGAUGGUGAAUGGACAAUGUUCAGAUGUGAAUGAGUGUGUGCGUACACCGUCUCUCUGUGCUAACGGGCGUUGUGAGAACACCGCCAGCAGUUUCAGGUGUGUGUGUCGCCCAGGAUUCCGUCUGGAGGGAGACACUUGCACAGAUGUGGACGAGUGUGAGAACGCCCUGCAGUGUCCAGGUAGAGAGUGUGUGAACUCGGUGGGCUCCUUCAGGUGUGUGUCCUGUAGGCCCGGCUUCAGCCCACAGAACGGACAGUGCCAAGACGUGGAUGAGUGCAGUCAGACUCCGAGCCUCUGCUCUAACGGUGUGUGUGAGAACACCGCGGGCAGUUACCAGUGCCGCUGCCGAGUGGGCUUCACACUGCAAGGCAGCGAUUGCAAAGACAUAGAUGAGUGUGACAGUCCUCAGACCUGCGAAGAUGAGAGUGUGUGUGUGAACACAGACGGCUCAUAUCGCUGUGACUGCAAGCCAGGAUACAGGGCCUCAGGACUUGGGCGGCAGUGUAGAGACAUUAAUGAGUGUUUUGAGGGAGAGUACUGCUUCCCACGGGGAGAGUGUGUGAACACUGAGGGAUCCUACAGGUGUGUGUGUGCUCUAGGGUACCGCACCAGCACCAACGGCAGCUCCUGUCUGGAUGAGGAUGAGUGUGCCAGGCCGGGCGUGUGUGAGGACGGCCGCUGUGUGAACACUGAAGGCUCCUUCCAGUGCCAGUGCCAAACAGGCUUCAGCACCAACCCCGAAAAGACCGCCUGUCUGGGUAACACACACAUGCACGCACACACACACACACAUUUUCUUCUCUACACUGUCAUGUAG